GAUGUAAACUUGGGCACUUCCUCCAGCAACCCGGCUAACUCAGCCUCCGGGCUCCAGCCUCGCUGGUGUUUCCCCGUCAGGGCCGGCGCUCCUCGGCCUCUUCCAUCCCUGGGGGUCCCACUCGCGACCCCUCUCCUGUGGGAAGGGCUGACGGCCUCGCCUCCUUCCCCGCCUCCCGCGGCUCUAGCGGCGCAGGCGCAGCAGACGCGGACGGCAGACAGAGGAUCAGGACCAGCGCCGGGCUCUGGCUCCGGCUACGGCUCCGGCUCGGGCUCCCGCUCCGACUCUACCCGCCAGUCAGAGCCCUGAGUGUCGGCGGCCACGGGGACGCUCCGGGCAGGGCCUUUGGGCGGUGGCGCCAUGGGCUCCGGGUGGAGUAGCGAGGAGGAACGGCAGCCGCUGCUGGGGCCCGGGCUCGGGCCUGUGCCCGGGGCUGCGCGCAGGGUUCGGGAGGCGGCGGCCGCGCUGCCCGUGGCGGGCCCUGGCCGGGUGUACGGGCGCCGCUGGCUGGUGCUGCUGCUCUUCUCGCUGCUGGCGUUCGCGCAGGGCCUGGUCUGGAACACCUGGGGCCCCAUCCAGAACUCGGCGCGCCAGGCCUACGGCUUCUCCAGCUGGGACAUCGCGCUGCUAGUGUUCUGGGGGCCCAUCGGCUUCCUGCCCUGCUUCGCCUUCAUGUGGCUGAUGGACAAGAGAGGUCUUCGCAUUACUGUGCUUCUGACAUCUUUUCUCAUGGUUUUGGGAACUGGUCUGAGAUGCAUACCUGUAGCAGACUUGACACUUAAAAGAAGAUUAAUCCAUGGAGGACAAAUGUUAAAUGGAUUGGCAGGUCCAACAGUCAUGAAUGCAGCACCCUUCCUCUCUACGACGUGGUUUUCUGCAGAUGAACGGGCCACCGCCACAGCCAUUGCAUCGAUGCUCAGUUAUCUUGGUGGAGCAUGUGCAUUUCUAGUUGGGCCACUUGUUGUCCCAGCUCCCAAUGGGACGUCACCUCUUCUUGCUGCAGAGAGGAGCAGGGCUCAUAUUAAGGAUCGCAUUGAAACUGUCUUGUAUGCAGAAUUUGGAGUUGUCUGCCUAAUAUUCUGUGCCACACUGGCUUAUUUCCCACCCCGGCCUCCUCUUCCUCCCAGUGUGGCUGCAGCAAGCCAGCGGCUGAGUUACCGGCGCAGCUUUUGUAGGCUACUAAGCAAUUUGAGGUUUUUGAUGAUUGCUUUAGCGUAUGCAAUACCGCUUGGUGUGUUUGCUGGCUGGUCUGGUGUUCUGGACUUAAUUUUAACACCAGUGCAUGUCAGUCAAGUAGAUGCUGGCUGGAUUGGAUUUUGGUCCAUAGUUGGAGGCUGUGUUGUUGGAAUAGCUAUUGCAAGGUUUGCAGAUUUUAUUCGUGGUAUGCUGAAACUAAUUCUUCUCCUCCUAUUUUCUGGGGCCACGUUAUCAUCCACAUGGUUCACCCUGACCUGUUUAAACAGCAUCACACACCUGCCUUUGACAACAGUGACGUUGUAUGCUUCCUGUGUUCUCCUUGGAGUAUUCUUGAACAGCAGUGUACCUAUAUUCUUUGAGCUUUUUGUGGAAACUGUCUACCCAGUUCCAGAAGGAAUUACUUGUGGAGUUGUCACUUUUUUAAGUAAUAUGUUCAUGGGAGUGCUUUUAUUUUUUCUCACAUUUUAUCAUACAGAGUUGUCUUGGUUCAACUGGUGCCUUCCUGGGUCAUGUUUGCUCAGUCUCCUCCUCAUUCUGUGCUUCAGGGAAUCCUAUGACAGACUCUAUCUCGAUGUGGUUGUCUCGGUUUAAUACUAUAGACUUGCAGGAGUUAAAAGGAGACUGGACAUCAGUACUGCACAUUUGCUUGGAAUUGCACAUCUAACAGGAGAAAAGGAGAAGAAAGUUCAUCCAGAGGUUUUGUUAGCUUACAGGUGAUGGCAUUAAUUUAAUGACUGCUGGAUAAUAAUAAUGCAAGACUUGAGUAUCAUGGGGAUUUGAGAACUCUACAGGCAGCACACCUGUGCUGGACCCGGGUGGAGGUGUGGAGCCUCACAUGGGAAGCACUGCCCAUGUCAGUAAUCCCUUGUGCUCUGUGCCAGUGCUAACCUACUGAUGAACUGAAUCAUGGGAUGGAACAAGGGCCUCUGUCCCGUGAAGGUAACUCCUCCCAGGCACAGAACAGGAAGAAAUGCGCCACUAACUUCUAAAGACAUGCAAACCCUGUAUCAGAUUUUAAUUACAGAAUAGCCAAGCAGUAUAUCAGUGAUAAAAAGUUAGCCACUGUACACUACAUGUUUUUCUAAUAAAGCCAUUUCUUCUAUGACUCCUUA